CACAUAAAACGUAAAAUAUAUCAGUAGCGUUCAGCUGUCGAAUUGUAUUCCCCCUUUAACUUUAUACUAGUUCGGUUGUGGCUCUGCAGAAACAUUUUUAGUUUAUUUUUUGUUGUUGUUAUUCGAUCAGUGUGAUGCAAUGCUAUUUUACUUGGACAAUUGUAAAAGUGUAACUAUGACCAAGUUGAGACCAGUAAAGCGAUAUUUUUAUCCCGAAUUUCAACGAACUUUAUCGAGUACUAGGCCAGCCCUAACUAUGUCUGUCCCUGUACGCUACUCUGCUACCUCUGGUAUCCUUGACAACAACAACAGUAUCGAUGAUCAAAGUGAGGCGCAAGAAGAGAUGCGAUUGCAGCGGAUACCUAUAGGGGUUCGGCUUGGGACGCCGGAUGCUGCUGCCACAGUACCAUUGGGCAAUGCAGAUGAAACUGCGUCUGAAUUGCUUAAUCCGUCUACUGAAGAACUAUUUGCAAAGCUGAAUGAAACUCUGAUGUUGGAGAUCAAAUAUCAGCCUUGCUUGUACUUGCCUCAAGAAGCACAGAAUGGUGAAGUCACCAUAGGUGCUAGAGAUGGGGCCGCACACGUACUACGUUGCUUAAAAGUUUGGUACGAUUUGCCGAGUGAUGUUCUAUUCGCAGCUAUUAAUUUAGUUGAUCGAUUUUUAACAAAAAUGAAAGUACGUCCGAAACACAUUGCAUGUAUCAGCGUCGGAUCAUUCCACUUGGCAAUUCAACAAUUAGGCUUACCACAAAUUGAUACCGAAGACUUAGUAGCAAUUUCACAAUGUCGCUGUACAUCUGGCGACUUGGAAAGAAUGGCUGGAAUAAUAGCCAAUAAGCUUGGUGUUCAAUUAGAUACGCCGCCAAUAACAUCUCUGUCCUGCCUUCGUUUAUUUUAUUACAUUCUGAAGAAUGCAGCCCAUGAAAUGGGCCUGGGACAAUUCUACGACACCACAAUGUCUUUACAUGAUUUGGAAAUGCGAUUGGAAAUCUUAACGUGUGACGCCAAAUGUGCCAGUAUUCGUGCAUCCGAAUUGGCAUUGGUGCUGAUAUGUACACAGCUAGACGUUAAUGUUUCAAAAUGUUUUGGUGAAAUGUCCGAACAGAUUCAAGGUCUUAUCAAUUAUGCCAUUGAAAUGCAGAAAUUUUGUCGGAUUCCGGAAGGUUCAUUGUUUGAAAGUCAUUCGGUUGUUGUUGACAUUUUAUCGCGAUACAAUGCACAACACAAAAUGCCAUACAGACAACGGCUGGUAUGGAAAUUGUCAUCUAGAACAAUGAGACUGUUAAGACCGACCAACAAAUUGACGUCAUAUUUACCAACAAUUGUUGAACAUAACAAUCCGUCGACAUCGAAGAACAUACACCGAUCGAGGACCGGUAGUGUAAGUUCUGAAGAGGGAGAAGAUUGGCCCACAUCGCCAGUCGUGCCUGUGUAUGAACAGUGUUAAUAUUUAUUUUUAUACGUGCAUUUCCUUAAUUUAAAGUCAGAAAAAAAGCAACAACAAAAAACGAUUAAAACCGUCAACGUAGUUCGUGUUUAAAACAAAAGAAAAAAAAUGAAAAAGUUUGCAAAAAAAAGUGGUUAAAUGUCUAGAAAAAAAUAAAAAUAACAUAAAAAAGACUAUAAAAAAUAUAAAAAAAAAUCAAAAAAGAUUUAUAAAAAGUACAAAAUAAUUUAAAAAUAUAUCACAAAAAAAUUAUUUAGAUGUUAAGAAAAUCUGACAUAAACAUUAAAAAUAACAUUAACUAACUCAUUCAAUGGAGAGAAUAUAGAAAAUUUGCUUAGAUUUUUGGUAAACAAGAACAUUACAACAAAAAAGAAAAGUAAAAAAAAAAACAAAAAAAAAAUCUAAAAAAACAAAACCCAAACCCAGUAGAUGUUUGUUGUCUGGCGUAAACAAUAAAAAAAACUUUUUGUCAUUUAAUUUAUAUUUACUUAAAAAUUUGUAAUCAGUCUUUAAUUAAUUUAAAUAGAUGAAUCGUCUCAUGUCGUAGUGAUUGAUUUUUAUUUGUGUUCUUCGGGACGUUUCAAUGAAGCAUUCAAAAUAUUUAAAAAAAGAAAAGAAAUAAUUUACAAAAACUAAUUGUGAAAUGAAUGUAUCGUAUACUCCGUUUAAAUAUGUAAAUAAAUUAUCAAAAGCAAAACAACAAUUAAAUAAAAUCCAAUAAACAGCAAACAAACAAAAACAAUCGUCGUAUUUAUGUACUAUUAUCAAAAACUAAGUUUACUUUCUUUAUCUUUAAACAAACAAA